CGCGGGACGAAGUGGUUGCACAGUGGACGACGGCUGGACCUACCCUAUAAAGAAAUAUAGGGUUCAUGACAUGAGCCACAACCACCACCACCACCACCACCGAGUGGCGAUUCUCUCUUCUCAUAUCUCACCAGUCAUGGCUUCAGAGAAAGAGGCUGCUUUAGCUGCCACUCCUUCCGAUUCUCCGACCAUAUUUGACAAGAUCAUCAGUAAAGAAAUUCCAUCCACCGUGGUCUAUGAGGAUGACAAGGUCUUAGCUUUUAGGGACAUAACUCCCCAGGGUCCUGUUCACAUCCUCCUCAUUCCAAAAGUGAGGGAUGGCUUGACUGGCCUCUCCAAGGCUGAGGAGAGGCACAUCGACGUCUUGGGCCGCCUUCUCUACACUGCCAAGCUUGUAGCCAAACAAGAAGGCCUAGAUGAAGGUUUCAGAAUUGUGAUCAACGAUGGUCCUCAAGGCUGUCAAUCGGUGUAUCACCUUCAUGUCCAUCUCAUUGGAGGACGCCAAAUGAACUGGCCUCCUGGCUAAAAAGAUCUCAUCAUCUACUAGUGAUUGAUGUCCUGGUUUUAAGAGGCACCCUACCCUUGAGUUUGCUAUUAUCUUCUUCUUCUGUCUUUAUGAAUAAAAGGCUUGGGACAUAACUUUUGUGAUUGUUAUGCUAAACCUUAUGGUAUGAAAAGAAUAUUUGACUGUUCUAUUUUCUGGAACCCUUCUUUCUAUUGUUGACUUUCUAAAAACAUUUGAAAGGUAAUAAGGGGUUGAAUAAUUGAGUCAAGAUUUGGGAGUUUUUGGUGUAAUAUUUCCCCCGUAGUGUAAAAAUCUUUGGUGUAAUAGUUACCUUUAAAAAAAGCAAUUAAAGAAUAUGCCUUGUAAUAUUCUUUAAGCCUUCUACUAUAACUACUUGAAAGUUUGGUAAAAGUUGUAAACCAAGUCUAGGAAGUGUUGAAGUGUAAGAGUUCUCUCUCGAAUUGUAAUUUCUUUUGAGUGAAUAUGUUUUUGAUAUAAA